CAAGAAGAGUAUGUCGAUUGGCGUAGCAUUUUCAAGCAUAAGAUAGCGCCAACAGACAAAACAACAAAAACUACGACGACGACGACGACAGCAACAACAACAACAACAACAAGAACGACAAAAAGAGAGUACACGAAGCAAUUUGAGCGACAACUUGGAACUAAAGGUGGCUGGUGGCUUUAGCUGCUUGCAAGGUAUAUAGCGAUCAUGUUCUUUCGUCCAGUUAUUUGUCUUCUGUGUCGGUGCUGUUUACUCUUGACAAUGAGACAAAUGACGCCCUGAUUUCUAAAAGCUAUCAUCGUUCUUUGGUGUUCCUUGUCCCUUGUUCGUCUAAUUGAUAGAUACCACCGCGUUCUCCUUUCAAGAAUCGAUUCCUGCGCGCAGGCAUCUGUCGGCGUGCCUGCUUCUCCAGCUGUUGCAAGGCGCCACGAGCGCACAGCUCUUCUUCUUACGAGGCAUCCAGGCCAUGGAAGGCCAGGUGAAAGACAUGCCAGCAGUGCUUGCCGCUGUCAUCAUGACGGCCAUGCACGUGUCCUUCGCAGUGCUGUUCACCUCUCUGACGCGCCCGACGGGUCGGCGUCAGCUGCUGUGCGUAUCGGCUCUGCUCGAGGUCUUUUGCUUCGCCGCCUUUCCACCUUUCGAACAUCUCGCCUUCGGUCAGUGGUCGACGGCGGAGCCUCCGGGUGAGACCAACUGGAGCUCCGUCUACUCGGUCAACAUUCUCGUGCUGAGCUAUUCGGUGGGCCUCUGCCACCUGCCGCCGCUGCUAACGGCCGAACUCUGUUCGGGACCAUCCUGGCUGCGAUACCUGGGCGCGUCAUCAGUCUGGGCCACUCGGUGGCUUCUCGCCUUCCUCCUGGUUCGUUUCAACGACCAGUUCCAGACGCUGAUGCGCCUGCGGAACGCGCACAUCUAUGCCGCCCUGGUGUUGGCCUUGCUCACCCUUGCUUUGCUAUUCCUGCUGCCUGAGACUGAGGGUCGGACGCUGGUGGCCAUCGAGCGGGAAGAAUGAGCCGCGCGAGCAGGGUCCUGUUUGGUGUUGUUUGGACGCCAUUAACGCCGAAGAGAGCUUCGCACAUUAGUAUUGGUUGCCAAUUAUCGUAGAAUCAACUUGUGACUGUUACUGCUUAUUUUUUUUUUGGAUUUUUACGUAUACAAUCUAUGCAAGUGCAUGCGAAAAUGUGCUUUCUUGCAGUCAGUACCUGAUGUACUUUUUUCCACGUGACCUACGUAAAAGGCCUUGCUGCGGGAUUUACGAAACAUUUCGAAGAGAACCAGGUAGACUACGCCGGUCAGGUGGCUAACACAUGUCUCGAAGCAAUAUGUAUACCUCGCGUGAUGGACUGUGACACAUUAUUACGCAGUGAGUCGUCUCGAAACUUAAGAGACGCGAGGCACCGCGAUGUGGAAUUGAUAGGACGCUGUACAGUGUAAUCGCCACCAUAUGCGACAUCAUGGAAAUGCUAGUGUUUGAAAAUUUUAUAACAGUUUUGUUAAUCAGUUGCCGAGUAACUACGCCAUCAAAGCAACCCUGUCGUCUAUGUUGUGCAUCUGUUUACGCAUUGCGGGCACGGUGUGUACUCUGCUGAACAAGCUGUCAGUAGGACUCGAUUGUAGAAACAAAUAAGGCGAAUUUUUGUUGAGAGCCAUCGCCCUCACAACUAAAAAAAAAAGAAAAAAAAAUGAAACCGUAUUCGCGCUCUAUUGGAAGGAGCAGAA